AUGACGUGGCCAGAAGCUCAGAGUUACUGCAGAGAGCAUCACACUGACCUGGUCAGCGUGAGGAACCAAACCGAGAACCAGCUGAUACAGCAGAAAAUUCCACAGGGAAAUAUGAUCUGGAUUGGCCUGUUCAGAGACUCCUGGAAGUGGUCAGAUCAGAGCAACUCCUCAUUCAGAUAUUGGAUACCUGGAAAGGGGAAGAAGAUGGUGAGAGUGGAGCUGAAAUCCCAUCUGAAUGUGAAUGAUCCUGCAGUGAAGGAGGCCAUCUUACAGCAGAAGAAACCGUCAGUGGAAGAAAGCAACAGAGGGAAGGUCAGCUGCACGUAUGGGGAUUUGGACGUUAAACAUCAUCGCUUUCUCAGACCACUUGCCUACUCUGCUACUACCAGCCAACUGAAUCCCUAUCACUUUGUGAAUGAGUUAAAGAACUGGACAGAAGCGCAGUCAUACUGCAGACAACACUACAGUGACCUGGCCACCACAGAGAGUCCGGAGGCGGUGGUGGAGUUACAGAAAGCUGUUAAUAUCUCUUUUAGUGAGGCCUGGAUUGGGAGCAGUAACCAGACUUACAUCCUCAUAAAUGAACUGCAAACUUGGCCUGAGGCUCAGAGGUACUGCAGAGAACAUCACACAGACCUGGUCAGUGUGAGAAACCAGACUGAGAACCAGCACCUGGAGAGUUUGGUACCGGCAGCUUACUGGGACCUGGCCAGUUCUUUUGGUCUGUAUCACUAUGUGAAUGAGGAGAAGAACUGGACUGAAGCACAGACCUACUGUAGACAGCACUACAGCGACCUGGUCACCAUUGAGAACACUGAGGACAAUGAGAGAGUAAUGACAUCUCUAAAGGGCACUCAUUCUGAUUUAGUUUGGAUUGGGUUAUAUGACGACAGAGAGAGCUGGAGAUGGUCCCUGGAUAAUGAUGGUUUCUAUGGAGAUGGAGAAAAAGAAUACAGAAACUGGGUCAGUGGGCAGCCCGAUAAUUACAAUGGGGAUGAGGAGUGUUGUACAGUGAUGGGAAGCGGUGGACAAUGGAAUGACUGUCCUUGUAACAUCAUGGUGAUGUUCAUGUGUUAUGACGGUGAGUUGGAUCAUGCUUCGUACCAUCUGAUCAAUGAGACAAUGACGUGGCAAGAAGCUCAGAGUUACUGCAGAGAGCAUCACACUGACCUGGUCAGCGUGAGGAACCAAACCGAGAACCAGCUGAUACAGCAGAAAAUUCCACAGGGAAAUAUGAUCUGGAUUGGCCUGUUCAGAGACUCCUGGAAGUGGUCAGAUCAGACAGUCUCUUCCUUCAAGUACUGGGGAGGGCCUAAUCCUGACAAUGCACAUGGGAACGACAACUGUGCCGUUAUCCAGACUCUUUAUGGAAAAAAGAUGGUGAGAGUGGAGCUGAAAUCCCAUCUGAAUGUGAAUGAUCCUGCAGUGAAGGAGGCCAUCUUACAGCAGAUUCAACAGAAACUGAAGGAACACGGGAUGGAAGAAGGAACUACACUGAGAUGGAGGGAACAGCCAGAUGGACGAGUUUUUCACUCAAAGAAAGAGAAGGAUGGGGAGAAAGUGGAGGAGACAUGUGAACCUGACAAGUGA